AUGUCGCAACAACCUUUUCAAACCUGGCAGAACUAUCAACAACAAGAGGAAUCGGUACAGCAACAGCAGUAUGAUCGAGCAUACUAUUGGGAUGGCUCAAAUUAUGUGUAUUAUCAAGAUUUGCAAGUAGAAACACAGUCUCGACAAGAACAAUCAUCGCUCAGUCCUUCACAAUUACCUACCAAUGUGUUUACCUUCGGUGGUCUGCCAACAUAUUCUAUUUCGCAAUUGAUAAACGAACAACAAACGCCGGCGGCGUAUAUAGACGAUUCCAAUCUGGCUGUGCAUGAGCAAUCAAUUACAGGCUCUAUUCAGCAACAGAACGACACUCUAUCUACUCAGCAAAACCAGCUUAUGCAUCGGCGGCAACGUCAACAACAAUGGUUGUCACAGUACCCAUAUUCGAGACAACGUGAAGUACAGACAUCAAACGAAUUAUUUACGCUGCCAAUGGACCUACAAAACUCGGUUCAAGACAUGUAUGGAGUUUUUCCGAUCGAGCAAUCGGAAUAUUUCCAAUCACAGGUCUAUCCAACGAGUAGUCCAAGUAUCUUUCAGUCGCAAGUAAACAUUCUACAACAAAGUAACUUUGAUCGAUUAGGAAAUGGGUUUCCAGAUAAAUCUUCUCAGAUGGAAAUCGACGAGCGAUCUUUGCGAUCUCAAGUAAUCGGUCAGCGAGGAGGCCCUA